GUAGGUAAAAAACAAGAUGCAGAAAACACUUCGAAGGUGGAGCCCUUCAACGGUCAUGGCAGGCCGCUGGACAUCGUACCGAGCACGGAGGAUAAGAUGACUGACAGGGGUCAGUGGGGCAACAAGAUUGAGUUUGUCCUUUCUGUAGCUGGGGAAAUUAUUGGCCUGGGAAAUGUUUGGCGCUUCCCCUACCUUUGUUACAAGAACGGAGGAGGGGCUUUUUUUAUCCCAUACCUCAUCUUCUUAUUUGCUUGUGGGAUCCCGGUGUUCCUCCUGGAAACGUCUUUGGGUCAGUACACCAGUGAAGGAGGGAUCACUGCCUGGAGGAAAAUGUGUCCAUUGUUUGAAGGCGUAGGUUAUGCCACCCAGGUGAUCGCUGCUCUCCUGAACAUCUACUAUAUUGUUGUGUUAGCCUGGGCCAUAUUCUUUCUCUUCAACUCCUUCACCUGGGAUCUGCCCUGGGCAUCUUGCAAUAACACAUGGAACACAGAUUCCUGUAUGGCAUUUCAGAGGGGAAAUAGCUCCAUCAAUCACCAUGAGAACGCCACCUCUCCUGUCAUUGAGUUUUGGGAACGUAGAGUCCUGAGAAUUUCCUCAGGCAUUGACCACAUUGGCUCUCUAAACUGGGAUUUAGUGGCUUGUUUAGCCGUUGCAUGGGUCAUCUGCUACUUCUGCAUCUGGAAGGGAGUCAAAUCCACAGGAAAGGUGGUUUACUUUACAGCCACUUUCCCUUAUAUAAUGCUAGUAAUCCUACUUAUUAGAGGGGUCACUCUGCCAGGAGCCCUCGGAGGAAUCCACUAUUACCUGUACCCUGAUUUGGGACGACUUUCUGACCCCCAGGUCUGGAUGGAUGCUGGGACUCAGAUUUUUUUCUCAUAUGCCAUCUGCCUCGGCUGCCUUACCGCCUUAGGCAGUUACAACAAAUACAACAACAACUGCUACAGGGACUGCCUGUGUCUAUGUUUCCUGAACAGCGGCACAAGUUUUCUUGCCGGCUUUGCCAUCUUCUCUAUUUUGGGUUUCAUGUCCUUCGAGCAAAACGUUCCUAUCUCAGAAGUGGCUGAAUCUGGUCCAGGUUUGGCCUUCAUAGCGUAUCCUCGCGCUGUGACCAUGAUGCCUGUUUCUCCUCUCUGGGCCUGCUGUUUCUUUGUUAUGAUCGUCUUCCUGGGAUUGGACAGUCAGUUUGUUUGUGUGGAGAGCUUGGUGACAGCCAUGGUGGAUAUGUAUCCCUCCGUCUUCCGCCGCAAAAACCGCAGGGAGCUCUUCAUCCUUGCAUUAGCUGUGGUGUCCUUCCUCCUGGGACUCAUUAUGCUGACAGAGGGAGGCAUGUACGUCUUCCAGCUCUUCGACUACUAUGCAGCCAGUGGGAUGUGUCUUCUUUUCGUGGCUGUUUUUGAGACUGUUGCCAUUGCCUGGGUUUAUGGUGCUGAUCGUUUCUACGACAACAUAGAGGAUAUGAUCGGCUACCGACCCGGCCCUGUUAUUAAGUUCUGCUGGCUCUACUUCACUCCAGCCACAUGCUUCGGAACCUUUGCCUUUUCAUUGAUUAAGUACUCACCUCUAAAGUACAACAAUGAAUAUGUGUACCCAUUGUGGGGGGAUGCGAUUGGCUGGAUCCUGGCUCUGUCCUCCAUGCUUUGCAUCCCUGCUUGGGCAGCAGGAAAACUCUACUACACUUCAGGAACGCUUAGAGAACGCCUUGUUCUCCUGACCACUCCUUCCCCUGACCUACCAACCAGGAAGCAGGAACAAGGGAGGCCGAUGAGCAUCUUGGCUGCAGAAGGGGACACUCUCCACCAGAAAGCUCCACCCAACAAGGACGGAUAUUUCCCCGUCCGUGAAAAGGAGUCUCAUUGCUGAGAGCGAAAUUCUCUCCCCUCCUCUCUCCCUCUCUGCCUUACCUCAGGUGCAGACUCUUAGAGACCUCUUACUGCACCUCCUGUUUCUGGAACUUCCUCCCUUGCCCAAUGCCUCGAAAUAAAAAUGUUCUCCAUCCUUUUUGGGAGGGCAUGUCGACAUUUCAUUUGCCAAUGGCAGAGUAAUGUGUAUAUUUGAAAACCACUAUAGGUUCUCGGUGGCAAAGGAAUUUGCUUUCUAAGGAAGCCUUUUCACCUGUUAUGGACAUCUGUAAUGUUCAGUUAGUCUGACAAGGUUUCAGUAACUUUGUUAUUUUUAACGGCAUCAUCUGCAGCAGAUGGAGCACAAGAAGUGCCUCGCUGCGCCAUGAAAGCUAACCUAAAGAAAGCUGCUGACUGUUAAACUCAUUUUUUUGUUAAUCAGUGCAGCAUAUGCCUUCAUUCUGGUUACAGUUUAUUAACGACUGCUGUCAUAUCAAGGGUUCCUUCAAUAUCUUGAAAGUUCUAGAAAGUUCUAAUUGUUUAAAGUUGCUUGGGAGAAAAACAUUUUUUUAUUGAUGUUUGAUUAAAUGGCUGUUUCUUUUUUCUCUUAUCAUUUUCUUUACAUAACAAGCCAAUUUCUUUACCAUUAAAGGGAAUUUUGUAUGAUUUUGUAGUCAAAUAAUAUCCUGUUUGAGCUCUGAUUUUAAAGAAUACUAGUUAACUUUCAGUUCUAAGAAACUAUUCUUUUGGAUUCUUUUAAUCUCUUGCCUAAAACCAUCCAAUACAAUAUUUAAAAAAUAAUACUGCUUCAUUAAUAAAGUCCAAGAUUACCACAUUUAAUAUGUUGGAUCAUUAAAUAUAUAUUCAUAUAUGUGAUUAUUCAAAUGAAUGAGAACAUUUGAGCAAUUAGACAGUAUUUACUUUAAUGUUUAAAUUAUUAUUGAAAAACAUAAACCAACAAUUACAUUUAUAAUCAGUUAAUUAAAAUAUUUAUUUUCUAUACUCUAAAGGUGUAAUAUCUUGAAUUGUCUGUUUUAUUUGUUUAAUCUGCUUAGCUAACCAAUCAAAAUUUGAGGGUGGGGCUAAGUAUUCUAAGCCGAAGUAUACUAAUAGGUGCUGCUUAAAAAACUGCUGGUAAGGAAUUUAGCUUAAAAGACUCUUUAGAUAAGCUGCUUGUUUUUAUUUUUCAUUGUAAUACAUCAGGAUUAGGAUUCAAGUUUUCACAUGUUUUAGUGAUUUCUGCAGAGUUGUAUGGAUGUUUUUUACUGAUCUUUUACGUUUGCUAUUUACACUGUUUUAGUUAAGCAUUGGUUACCUUAAAUCUAAUACACUUUUUCUUUAUUGCAUGAGAAUGCUGAGGUCUGGAAAGAGACUGUAGAGUUGGGGAAGCAGGUCAGAAAGUUUCAUCCCAAAAAGAAUGUUAGUCUUGUCUUUUCUUCCUGAUGCACAAGAGAAACCUCAGCCUUGGUUUGUUAAGAUGCAGGGAUGAAUGUAAAAUAUUUGAUUAGCAUAAAGAACAUUUUUAGAUAAACACCUUUUUUUUUUAUGUCUGAUUUAUUACCACCUUAUUUGUAAAAAAAAAAACAUUUCAGUUUGUGGGAUGUUAUUCCUUUGCCUUACCUGAUUUUGUAUAACUACUUUGGU